AAAAGUUGUUUCAAACCUCUGUACAGUAACGGAGACUUUUUCUAUCAUCCACUGAGAUGGCUUUUCUUUUUCAUCAACUUUACCAAUUUGCAUCAGGGUUUCUUCUUUUAUUAACUUCCUACAACUUUGCUGAAAGUGGCAAGGUGUUGGUGAUACCACAAGAUGGAAGUCACUGGCUCAGCAUGCGUGCAGUAGUGGAGAAACUCGGUGAGAAAGGGCAUGAAAUAGUAGUGCUUGCUCCCGAAGUCAAUUUACUCUUGAAAGAAACAGAGCAUUACACAAGGAAAACAUAUGCUGUGCCUUACACCCAAGAAGAUCUUGACCAGACUUUUAGUAAAUUUGCUAACAGUCUCUUUCGUGAGGUCUCUUUUCCUUACACUAUUCUUGCGGAAUACCGGAACGUCAUGUACGUCAUUAACAUGUUUUUUCACAACUGUGACAGCCUGCUGCAGAACAGAGAAAUCAUAGGAUACUUGGAAGAGAAUAAAUUUGAUGCACUCUUCACAGACCCAGCAUUGCCAUGUGGGGUGAUCCUGGCAGAAUAUCUGUCCAUCCCUUCCGUGUACUUCUUUCGUGGAUUUCCAUGCAGUUUAGAGCAUGCAAUCUGUAAAUCUCCAAACCCUGUUUCCUAUGUCCCAAGAUGCUAUACUAGUCACACAGACCACAUGACUUUUUCCCAGCGAGUGGUAAACCUACUGGUUAGCUCUUUAGAGACAUCACUGUUUAAGGAUUUGUAUACCAAAUACCAAGACAUUGCAUCAAAGUUUCUCCAGAGAGAUGUGCACUUACCAACACUUUACAGAAAUGGCUCCAUAUGGCUACUGAGAUACGAUUUCGUGUUUGAGUAUCCCAAACCAGUGAUGCCCAACAUGGUCUUCAUCGGAGGCUUAAACUGUGAGGAGGGGAAGAACCUAUCUCAGGUUUGUGCUGGUAAAUUUAAAAUGCUGGAUCACUAUGGGACGAAGUGA